AUGGCCGCCGACUCCGAUGAGGACGAUCAAGAGAAUGCUCCCCAUCUCCUCCCACUCCUCCAAGAUCAACACCAAGACCACUCUUCUCUAUCGGAGCACCAGCAGGAGCACUACCUCAACUCCAUCUCUGCCUUACUAUCCAUCCGCCAGCUCAAAUCACAAGGUCUUUCGUUCCAGCUCUGGCCCGCCGCCCACUCUCUCGUCUCCCUUCUCGACUCCAACCCCCAAGCCCUCCUCCCUCUCAAUCCAAACCUCCGAAUCCUCGAGCUCGACUCCGGCACUGGCCUCCUCGAUCUUGCUGCCGCCGCCAUUCUCCUCGCCAACGUCACCCUCACUGACCUCCCCCACGUCCUCCCCAAUCUCGGUUUCAACGCCGACUCCAACGCCAGUACCAUCACAACUCCGCCUCAUCUUCAUCACCUUAAAUCCUAA